GAGCGGGUUAAAAGGCAAACGGACACUUAUUAUAUCGAGUCGACUUGGCACAAUCGGGUCUCCUUCGGGGUUUGCGUCUACGUGGAAGAACUAACAAUACUAUAAGAUCAAAACUUUGUUCGGAUUCCCGCACCCGAGAAGUCCGUAGGUUCGUGGGUGUCUUUGUCCUUCAACCAGCAGAGGAGGCCUCAACACUGUUUCCCUUGCCAAAGACAUUGGAUCAUCUUCUUGUCCUCCACUUCAACUUAUUUGUGGUCGAUGCGCUGCCAUGAUUCAAUUCUACCAGUAACAGAAUCAACGCCAAGUCAUACAAUACUACGCAGUGCCACAAAGCGACCCAACAAUCCAGGGCAGCAAACUUCAAAGUGAUUCAUUCAUGUUUUGCGCUGCUCGGUUUUACAACAGACAGACACGGAAGCUAAACGUUUCCUAAGCCUUAUCGGAUCGCACUACCUCGGGUAGACCGCCAAUCUAUAUCUUUCCGACUGGUCUUUUUCUAACUUAUCUACAAUCUAACCUACCACUUAAAGCAUCCAAGGCUUGUUUUUUUUAUUUUGUCUCAAGAGACAGACAGGGUCCUUCUUUUGGCACUCAGACAACCACUCCCCUCAUUUAAGAACCCAGCAAGCCCAACCCGUUGCCGAGAGAAGUCAAGCGCCUAACCAGUGGAGGACUGGGCACCUCAAGCCACGCCGUUUCUUGUUCCCAGUCAAAUCGCUUAAAAAGUUUCGUCAUUGCGCCUCCCACGUUGUCAGGCCGCACCUUGGCUUUUGGGUGGAAGAUCCCCGCACCAUCACCUAUAGAAGUAAGGAAAGAGAGAAAAAAAAAAAAACCCUUAAAUAAACAAAAGUCGAAACGCGCCGGCUUUGCGAAAUCAGCUCGCGCACAAGCAAUUGGCGCAGCUGUGCUCAUCAAUUGAGCAAUCAUGAAGUACGGCGAGUUGUUCGAGACCGAGUCUGUACCAGAAUGGAGCCUUCAUAACAUCGACUACAACAGCCUCAAACAUUUUGUAAAAGCCCGUACGACCAAGGGCCAGGCAACAGCGAUCGCCAUACCGGGUCACCAGGACGCCGCCCUCAGGAAAUUUGAGGAUGAGUUCUACACCGAGCUGUGCCACCAGCAUGCGCGCGUUGGUCUUUUCGUGACUAGCAAAGCAGAUGAGCUCUCGCGCCGGUUACAGCACCUCUCCGAUUGUAUACACGACACUCUGCUAAGAUGCGCGCAGAGGCAAAUUUCACCCAGGCGACAGCGGAGGCUUGCAAGAUACGCACAGCAGGCAUCCCAAUGUGGUGAAGAGAUCCAUGACCUGGAGCGAUUCGUCAACGCCCAGGUUGUCGCCUUUCGCAAGAUUCUCAAAAAGUAUAAGAAAUGGACUGGUUCGCAAACCCUAGGACCCCGAUUCAGGGAUUCCAUCCUUUCGGACCCAAAAAGCUUCACGAACCGCGAUUUUCAUCAGUUACAGGUCCAAUACGACGACCUUUCCUCCGAACUAUUAGCCGUGACACCCCAGACUCCUUUGAGGCCCGACUCUCCGCCAUCGGUUGACGAAGCGCCGACUCCGGCCAGACCAUCCAGCGUCCAGUUUCAAGAAGAGUCUCUGGACCACCACCGAAAACCGCGGGAGGAGCCCGUAGUUAGCUAUUGGAACGAGUACGACAACGGCAGCGAGGCUGGGGAGGACGAAGGAUACACAAUAUACGUCGACCCGGACGAGGAAACAUAUCUUCAUAUUCCAGGUCUCUCGAGCAUAUUGCACGUUCUCUCAAUGCCUGUAGAAAAGGCAAAGUCGAUGUUGAGCCUCAAGGUCGUCAAUGGCGAGCGACAGCCACUUCUCCCGAACCACAUGGGAAACGUGGCCGCUCUCCAGCCAGACGCCUGCCAUGCGGGCCAAACAUCAUACGGCACUCACGGCCGCUCCGAUACUGCCAACGGGCGCGACUUCUCACCCAUGAACACCCACGCCAUGUCGGACGGAUACAGCGCCGAGGACGAGCAGAACCUGGACCAAAUCAGCGACGACGAGUUUCCUCGAGGCUACGAUGCUCGGUUCGCCGCGCUGCCGUCGAUCAACGAGCAGCGCAUCGCCAGGUACCGGGAUCGUGUUCUCUUUUGGGGUUCCGUGGCGGCCAACGUCGCGGCUGUGGUCCUCCUCGGGGUCGCGAGCCUGCUCAUCAUGACAGGCAAGCACCGGCUGAGAGUCGAGGUCGACGCGGGCGUCAUCGUCGGCGUCAUGGCCAGCCUGGCGGCCGCAUGUGCAGCGCUGGGCAUGACGCUUGCGAGGAACCAGGACACCAUCAGCUGGAUUAACUGUCUGGUCGUCUAUCUCACUUUUACUGUCAUUUGCAUCCUGAACGGGAUGCUGCUCGUACUCGUUAUGGGCAACACGGUGAUGGUGUAAAUGAAUCGUGGAGAGGAGGAGCUAAACGAAUUCGAGUCGAGCGAUAAUGAAGCGCGAAAGAGAACCACCACGGGGUGUCUUGUAAUUAUUCCAAGAUUACGCAGCGGGAGCCUUUGACAAGCGGAACCACAGGAUGGCGGAUGGAGAACCAUACUCAUUGGUUGAGUACAGCGCCGAGGAGGAACGAUGUGGCACGGCUAUACAUGUCUGUGUGGCUAAUAUCGCUGGUCUCGGAAUGGUAUGAUGAAGAUGAGCAAAGGCCGUGCGGUCAUGGGUGUCUUGAUACCUCGGGAGUGUGGGGGUACAGGUAUAAGCCCAGCGAUUCAGGGGCUUGAUUGCGUCACCCCAGCGACAUGGCCAAGAUGGGCGUUAAGAGAAUGGCGGUUAUUUUUAUACUUACAGAGCCAACUGGUGUGUGUGUGUGUCACUAGUAGAUAGUCACAGCUAAAUAUAUACCCUUUCCUUUUUUUUUUAUACAUAUACAUAAUGACUGCAUCAGGCAGUUGGAUACUUG